GCACCAGUAAAGACCUCAUCGAUCUUCACAAAUUUCCCACAACUGGGGAAGAUCUAUUUGUUCGAUUUGACCCUGUAAAAGCAGAUUAUAAAUUGUUUCAUGGAGAUGAGUUUGAGUCAACACCAAUCGUUUUUGACAUAACUCUGUUCCCAUUUCAGGAGGAUCGCCGCAGAAAGCAGUUAUCAUCAGCCCGAGUACUGUUGCCGGGAUCAUGCUCUUUUCAGUAUGCGUUUUUUCUCUUUGCAAAUGGAGAGCUAAGAAAAGAGGAAACUUGUGCAAAAUCUCAAGGCUCCUUGGCUUGGUAGAUACAUCUGAAAAAUCAGCCGAACUGAUCCAAGGAAAAGCUUGGAAAGAGCAGUUGAAGCAAGAUGAUUCACUGGAAUUGACCAUUUUCAGUUUUGAGAGCAUAUUACUUGCUACAAACAAGUUCAACACGACAAGUAAACUCGGGCAAGGAGGGUUUGGCUCUGUUUAUAAGGGGAAGCUGAAAGAUGGGAAAGAGGUAGCUGUGAAAAGACUUUCCAGUACCUCGGCCCAAGGCAUUGAAGAGUUCAAGAAUGAGAUCCUCCUCUUAUCGAAACUACAACAUCGAAAUCUUGUUAAACUCAUGGGUUACUGCAUUGAAGGAGAAGAACAGAUUUUGGUAUACGAGUACUUGUCGAACAAAAGCUUGGACACCUUUCUUUUUGAUUCGGGAAAGAAGGCAGAACUUGACUGGGGCAAACGAUUCCAAAUUAUUCAGGGGAUUGCAAGGGGGCUUCUCUACCUGCAUCAAGAUUCUUGCCUUAGGGUCAUCCACCGAGACUUAAAAGUAAGCAAUAUUCUCUUGGAUGAAAAGAUGAACCCGAAAAUUUCGGAUUUUGGGCUGGCUAGAAUGUUCGAGAGCCCUCAAGUAUUGGUGAACACUCACAAAAUUGUUGGAACACUUGGCUAUAUGUCUCCUGAGUAUGCCAUGGGCGGGAUAUUUUCCGAGAGGUCCGAUGUCUAUAGCUUCGGAGUGUUGCUACUGGAGAUUGUUAGCGGCAAGAAGAACACAGCCCUGUGUGAGCAGGGACAACAUCUGAAUCUCCUUUCCUACGCAUGGCAAUUAUGGAGUGAAGGCAAAGCAAUGGACUUAAUGGAUGAAGCAAUUGCUGUUAGCUCUCCAUUGGAGGUAACAAGAUGCAUCCAUGUUGGGCUUCUCUGUAUUCAGGAGCCUGCCACGGAUAGACCAAACAUGUGGAAUGUGGUUUUGAUGUUAAGUGGUGAAUCAGAUCUUCCUCAGCCGGGACAGCCUAUAUUCAUUUUCCAAGCCGAAAAGCCAAAUCGUUCUAUUCCAGCACAGCAAGAAAGCAUUGGGAAUUUGAUCUGAUUUAUGAUAGCCAGAACUGUUGGUAUUAUUUAGGAGAAAAACCAGGUAAUCCCCACUGCUCUCAUCACCAGUUGUGUCAUGAAGAUUUGAUUUUCUGGUUUUUUGGACGAAAGAUAUCAUUAUCAAAGAUAGACUCAAGUUCCCACAUGAGAAGCAUGAGCGUUGGCACAGCAAAAGGUAAAUCAGAGCACUGCAGUUUUUAACGUUACUGCAGCCGAACCACUCUUUCAGAACCAAACUCUUGUCUCCUCUGGUCAAAUAUUUGAGCUCGGCUUCUUCACCCCUAAUGGAUCAGCAAAUCAAUAUGUGGGCAUCCGAUACAAGAAUAUGACUCCAUCCAAUAUCAUCUGGGUCCCCAAUAGGGACACACUGCUUGCCCAUUCAGAUCAAUCUGCAAAAUUAACAAUAGAAAGUGAUGGGAAUCUGAAGCUUGUGAACGAGCAACAGAGCAUAGCUUGGUCUACCAAUGUUUCUGUCCACUCAAAUUAUACUGCAGCAAUGCUUUCAGAUGGUGGAAACUUUGUUCUAAAAGGGGAAUUCUGUUGAAAUAUGGGCAAGCUUUGAUGAUUCAACUGAUACUCUUCUACCAAAUAUGAAGAUAGGACUACACGAGAACCGGAGAGAGACAGUAGUUAGUUUCCUGGAAAAAUGACGACAAUUCAUCCUCUGGAAAUUCGUCACAGGGAUUACGUUGGAGACACUGCCACAACUUGUCACCUGGAAUGGCUCGAGCCCUUAUUGGAGAUGUGGACCAUGAGCUAAAUCGAUUUUCAUUGGCAUACCAGAAAUGGAUUCCUCAAUUUUUAGCGGCGACGAUCUCCAGCAAGAUCCUCAGCAGGGAACCACUUAUUUCUCUGCUGAUUCUAAUAACAACUCUUUGCUUGGUUUUGACUUCAUUUCUUUUUCUGGUCAAUAUUAUGGCUUCAUUGCACCUGGAGGAAUUCUAGCAUUAAUGAAAUGGGAUUAUGGAUCCAAGAGUUGGUCGACAAAUUGGGUGGCACCGAGCAACAGAGCGAAGUUUAUGGAAAUUGCGGUCCUUUUGGCGUCGACAACACAUUAAACUCUCCUAUUUGCCAUUGUGUAAAGGGGUUAUGCAGAGAUCGAAAGGAAAAUGGAACAUCAGGAAAUCAACCAGGGGUUGCAUUAGAGAAACAGUAUUGAAUUGUCAGAAGAACACAUGCAGGUCGGCUUCAAUGCAGGUGAAGAAAGAUGUCUUUGUGCAAAUGAAACAGAUGAAAGUGCCUGAUUCUGCAGAAUAUAUGUCAGACAUCGGAGAUGAAGGAGGAUGCCAAAGCUGAUGCUUGAAUAAUUGUUCUUGCUUGGCUUCUUCUUAUGUCAGCACAAUAGGGUGUUUGGUUUCGGCUAAAGAUCUGAUCAAUAUUCAGGAGUUUUCAACAGCUGGGCAAGAUGUAUAUAUUCAAGUCGCACAUGACAAUACAGGAAUAAGAUGCUUCACUACGAGUUUUGCUUGAACCGUAUCACACAUCUUGCAAUUCUUUUCUCAUGUCGGGCAUGUUGACACAAGCGAAGGUUACAAUCAGUGUAAGUACCGUGCUUGGCAUCGUGUUCGUAGGAAGCUGCUAUUUUCGGUCUGCGCAAGUGGAGAGCUAGCAAAAGAGGAGAAAUGUCACAUGGAAAUGCAUGGAAAGAUCAGCUGAAGCAUGAUGAUGCAUCCGAAUUGACUCUGUUCAAUUUUAGUAGCUUACUUCUUGCGACAAACAACUUUAAUGCAACAAAAAAACUUGGCCAAGGAGGGUUUGGCCCCGUUUAUAAGGGAAAGCUGAAUGAUUGAAAGGAGAUAUCUGUCAAAAGACUUUCCAGUAGCUCAGGCCAAGGCAUGGAGGAGUUUAAGAAUGAGAUUAUUAUAAUAUCGAAGCUUCAGCAUUGAAAUCUGGUCAGACUCAUGGGUGUCUGCAUCGAAUGAGAAGAAAAAAAUUUAGUAUAUGAAUACUUGUCAAACAAAAGCUUAGAUUCCUUUCUUUUCGGUUGGCCGCUCUCUCUCUUCAAGUCAUUCUUGUGCUGAUAGAAAUAGUGUAUAUAUUAGUAGUACUUAAAGUUACGAAUACUUUUCAUUUUCUUCCUUGCUUAGAUUCAAGUAGGAAAGCAGAACUCAACUAGGAUGUACGUUUCCGGAUCAUUCGAGGGAUCGCAAGUGGGCUUCUGUAUCUCCUUCGAGAUUCUUGCCUUCAAGUUAUCCAUCUAGAUUUGAAGGCAAGCAAUAUUCCCUUGGAUGAGAACAUGAACCCAAAAAUAUCCGACUUUGAGUUGGCACGGAUCUUCGAAGGCACUCAAGUUUUGCUAAACACUCACAAAGUUGUUGGAACACUGUUCAGUUUCAAGCCUUGCUGGAAUUAUCAGUUCAAUUAGGAAACUCUAUGACUCGAGUGAUUAAUGUGAUCAAAUCAAUUGCAGAGGAUAUAUGUCUCCUGAGUAUGCCAUGGAAGGGAUAUUUUCUGAGAAAUCUAAUGUCUAUAGCUUUGGUGUGUUGCUACUUGA